CGACAAUAAGUAGCAAUGACUCGCGAUAUCUUGCAGUUCGCAAGAUCGCGCAAUCCGUUCGAAAUACAGCAGAAUUCACGCGAUGGAUUUCAUGGUGAAGUGAUCGUGGACAAUGAAGGCGUGGAAACACCAUCGCGGAUCACCUUGUGUCAACUACGCGCAACAACGGCGUGCUUAUGUACGUGUCCUGUGACAGUGAGCUCGUCGCUGACGUCUUCCUCGGCCUCGCCGGUGUCCGGCGCGAUCCUGAGCGCGGGCGGUUCGUCGUUGGUCAGCGUAGCGGGCACUGCCACCAAUCAUCCCCUGGGAGUAGCUGCCGGCCUGUCGAACGCGAGGAUGGCGGUGACCAGCGCGGUUGUGAGGCCGCCUGGCAGUCCAACCACGUCGGUCAGCCCGUCGCAGGGUCAUCCGCCUCCGACGACCGGCGGCCCAACGCCGACGGGGCGAUGCUGCGACACCGGAAGACCGAUCUUCACGGACCCGCUCACGGGCCAGACCGUGUGCUCCUGCCAAUACGAGCUUAUCGGCGGUUAUCAACGGCUCGGCGCGCUACCGACGGCCGCGCUUUCCAUGUACAGCGCGCCGUACGCGGCUGCGGCCGCCGCCGCCGCCUCCGAGGGCAUGGCCGCCUAUUUCCCGAGCCUUGGGGCCGAGCAAGCACCCUUCUAUACACCUACGGCUGCUGGCCUCGAUCUGAAGGCGGAAAAUCUUGGGGCUGGAGCCGCGGCAGCAUGGCCUUAUCCUUCCGUGUACCAUCCCUACGAUGCGGCCUUCGCUAGUUAUCCCUUCAACGGUUAUGGGAUGGAUCUAAACGGGGCCAGACGGAAGAACGCGACGCGAGAGACGACGAGUACGUUGAAGGCCUGGCUCAACGAUCAUAAGAAAAAUCCUUAUCCAACGAAGGGCGAGAAGAUCAUGCUAGCCAUCAUCACGAAGAUGACUCUGACCCAAGUGUCCACGUGGUUCGCGAACGCGCGGAGACGUUUGAAGAAGGAGAACAAGAUGACGUGGGAGCCGAGGAACAGGGUCGAGGACGAGGAUAACAAUAACGAGGAUGACGACAGUGGGAGGAAGAGCGUGGACGAGAAAGAUCGGCUAGACUCAAAAGACUCGGGCACCGGAUCGAGCGAGGACGGGGAGCGGCCUGCGCACCGGAUGGACCUGCUCGGCACGAGCGGCGGUUCCACUGGUGUCCAGGGUAGAACCGAGAGCGAGUGGAGCGAAUCCCGAGCAGACAGCGGCCCAGACAGCCCGGAGUGCCUCUACGACCAAAGAGAACCUCCCAGACACCCUCUACAGCUGCAACACCCCGCCUAUCUGGCCUCCUCCCACGGCCGACUGUUGCGCCACCCGUCUCCCGAGAGCACGCCACCUAGCAGCCACCAGGUGCCUCCAAGCACAACGGCGUCCUCGACGGCGGGUAGCGGCGUGACCACGAAGCCCAGGAUCUGGUCCCUGGCCGACAUGGCCAGCAAGGGGGAUGGGGAGCAGCAGAGCCCGAUACCGACCACGAUGACAGGCCUGUCAUCGCCUUACGGCGGAAGUGGCGGGGCUGGCGGAGGGGGUGGGGGCGGGGGCAAGCUGAUGAGCCCCCUGGCCAGUCGUCUGCCGCCUCAUCACCCGCUUGCAAUGCACUCAGCCGGGACGCAAUUCGUCCGGCAUCAUCCCGACUUCUACCGUAACCUGUACGGGGCCUCUCACCUCGGCUCGGGAGACAUGUCCCUGUUGGAGACCUACUCGAGGACCUUGGGCGGGUUGAGCGGUGUCAUGCCCCCCUCCACAGCGCCCAGCAUACUGACGUCGUCCGCGUCAGCCGUGUCGGCCAGCGGUAAACCUUUCUCGAUUAACGGUGGCAGCACCGCGCCAGGUGGCGCUGUGCUCCUCACCACAGCGACCUCUGGCCUCUCCCCCUCGUCCUCGUCCACGGCGUCCUCGGGCGGGUCGGACCAGUCCCCCCACCCGAGUCUCUCGUCCACGCAGGAGCUCAAGUCGCCUGGCCGAGUGUGAUUACGAAGGGGUGAGUGUGACGACGGACAUUGAUAUUGAAAUAAUAUAUUAUAUACGCCGCGCAGGCGUUGUGUGGUGUGGAUGACAAUAAUAAUCAGAGACUAUGGAUUCUUGUAAUUAUAGUGUACAGUUUGACCGAAUGUACGAACGAGUUGGAAAAAAUUAUGAUAAUGUAACUGCCUCCCUCUCGGACUCCCUCGUUUCCACCGUUCCUCUGCUCUGUCUUCUUCCUCGGUCCCCUCCUCUCCUCCUCGUUUUGCUUAUCCCCAUCCUAUUUCGGCGCGAAAUUUCGUCUUGGGCCAUUUCUUUUUUUUUUUUUCUUCUUCUUCUUCUUAACGUUCCUUUUUCCAUUUUCUCGAUUCUCGACGAAUUGUCUAGCUUUCCAUCAUCCAGCCGUGUCCAUCGAAACAUUUAGAAGAAAAUUUUUCAAUUUUUGAUUUUUAAGAGGAAUUAUUUAUUUAGAUUUAAUUAUCAGAAUUAUUAACAAUUGAGAGAAAGAUUUGGAAAAAGGUUUGGUCCCUCGAAACGAAAUUCGGCCGAUUCCUGCUAUCUCUCUCUCUCUCUCUCUCUCUCUCUCCCCCCCUUCGUUGUGAGCUUUCUUCCCCGACCUCGACGAGAGAAUAUUAGAGUGUGUGUUGUUAAAGGAGAAGAAGAGAAGAAGAGAUUUGAGGAGAUGAAUCGAUGAAAGGAAUAGAAAAAGGAAGAAAAUGGAGAGAAAAAAUCGUAGGGCAACCGUUUAUCACUUCCGUUAGAGCAGCGUCGCGAC